AUGUCGUACGAAAGCAGCAGCGGCAGCACCUCCGUGAGCGGUGUGAGCUCUUGGUGGGACUGGAUACCCAGCUGGCUCCUCGACUACGAUGCAUACGAGGAAACGGAAAACGAGGACUUGACGGCGAUUGGCAUCGUGGCCAUGUACACGUCGGCCAUGUCCCUCCUGUUCUGGCUCUACUGGACCUACAAGCGGUGGAACGACCCCGGGUUCUUUUCUCCCAAGCGAGCGGAGCGGCCGCCGGACCUGCCGGGCCCGCGGGAAGGCCUGUUCGCGUGGGUGUGGGCCCUGUACCGCAUCCCGGAGGAGGAGUUCAUCCGCUUUGCGGGUUUCGAUGCCCAGAUCUACGUGCGCAUGUACUCGCUUGCGGGCAAGAUGCUGUCCGUGAUUGCCCUGUACGCCCUCCCGGUGGUGCUUCCGGUGAACUGCUUGGGCCACUUCGAGACGACGGACAACUUGCUCUCCAAGAUGUCCAUGAGCAACGUCGGCGUCGACAGCCCUUGGCUGUGGGUACACGUUACCGGCAUCUACGUGGUCACCUUGGUCUGCCUGCUGUUCCUCAAGGCCGAGUUCCGCGCCUACAUCCGGCUCAGGCAGCGCUACCUGCAGCAGCGGAAGCCGCACAUGCGGACCAUCAUGCUCGAUGUCCCUGCCGACGCUCGCAGCAACGCCAUCCUCGAGAGCUACUUCGGUUACCUCUAUCCCGACGCUGUGCUCACGGCCGUCUGCACGCAGAGGGUGGACGCCGUGACCUACCUUACCGAGGAGCUGAGCUACUACAACACCGAGGUCAGCCGCGAACAGGCGAAGCGUCUGCACCAUCUUCGGAAGAUUGACCAGCGCGCGCUGCGGAUGGCUGCUCAGGGCACGCUGCAGCAGGCGAUCCAGGCGAUCAUGGCGCAAGGUGGAGGACAAAUUCUGGACGAUGAGGAGACCGGGCUGGUCGAGCAGCUUCUCCGGAGAUCUUCCGGUGCGCGAGGCUCGUCCGAAGACCUCGAGGAGGGCGAAGAGGAGGAGGAGGAGGGGAUGAUCGGAAGACCGGGGUCCGUCGGCUCUGGCCAUGGCGGCGGGGGCGGUGCUCGAGGCCGCGGCGGCGGCGGCGGCGGCGGCGGGAGACUUGGGAGGGAAGGCGUCCCCAGGGGGGGGAGCGAACACGGGGGGUUGGUUGCAUACCCAAGGCGGAGGACCGGGCCCAAGACGCUGUUCGAGCAGCAGCAGUCUCUGUACGGAGGCACCGGCGACGAUAGCGAUGCCGAAGGAACCACCACCCUUGCGUACGGCGACGAUCGGGGGGACGGAGGGGGUACGGGCCUAAGCGCGCUGCUCUCCUCGGCGUUCGAUGGCAGCAGUGCCCAUAGCGGAGGCGCCGAGUCUAGACCGCUGCUCGGGAGGUCGCAGUCGUCCGUCAGGGUCCGGAAAAUAAACUUCCCGGAGAUGACACCUCGAGCCUUCGUGACCUUCAAGACCUUCUCAGCCGCCACCGUCGCGCGCCAGGUGUUGCACGGUGCGGCCCCCGGUCGCAUGGCGGCGGAGGAAUCACCCGAGGCUCGAGACAUCUACUGGUUCAACACUCGCGUCACGCAGAACCAGCGAAAUCGGCGCCGGGUCCUGGUGGAGGUGUUCUUGGGGCUGCUGUACGUGUUCUACGUGGUUCCGGUGACGCUGCUGUACCUCUUGCUGUCGGAGGACUCGGUCACGACCUACGCUGAUUGGGUGGCGGAUUUGUACGACAACAGCACGAUCUUCGCCGCCUUUGUGCAGCUCCUGCAGCCCAUUGCUCUGCUGGUGCUGAUGAACACGCUGCCCCCUCUGAUCCGGCUGCUGGGGAUGGCCGAGGGAUUCCCGGCGGAGUCAAGAAACCAGCAGGCUGUAUUGAGCCGCUACUUUUAUUUCCAGAUCAUCAACGUGUUUUUGGUGACCACCGUGGCGAACUCUAUCCUGGACACGAUCAGCGAGAUCGUGGAGGAGCCCACUAAGACAUUUACCCUCCUGGGGGAAGCCCUCCCCAAGGUGGCCGGGUUCUUCUGCGAGUACAUCAUCCUCAAGAUGUUCGCGGGCCUGUGGAUCGAGCUGACCCGCAGCAUCUCCCUCAUGCAGGAGUACCUCUUGCGAGUCAUCUGGCCGCGCAAGACGCCUCGAGAUCGCGCGACGGUGGUGAUGGGCAUCCGGCCCUACUUCGAUGCGGGGUGGUUCAACUACCCCAAGUACAUCGCUCAGGACCUGCUGGUUGUGGUGAUCUGCUUGACGUACGCUAUCGUGAACCCCUUCAUCCUGGUGGUGGGCAUCCCGUACUUCUUCGCGUGCCACCUGGUGUACAAGCACCAGAUGCUCUUCGUCUACGAGCCCAUGUACGAGACGGGCGGAGUGUUUUUCCCCAAGAUUUUCAGGCGGUUCAUUUUCGCUCUCAUCAUCGCGCAGGCGACGAUGGUGGGGAUCCUCAUCCUCAAGGUGGCCUACUACCAGGCGGGGCUGGUGUUCUUGCUGAUGAUCUUGACCUACAUCGCCAAGUCUUCCCUUCGGGGGUCCUACGAGCCGGCGGCUUUAUCGCUCCCCCUCGAGAUCGCCAAGGUGCUCGACGACGUGGAGCCGGCCAGGCGGCCGGCGCGAGACCACGAGGACGGGGACGACGGCGAUGCCCGCACGGCCUACCUGCAGCCGAGCCUCAAGGCCGAGCCGUUCGCCAGGCCCGAGUUGGAGCGAGACCACCAGGCCAACAUCGACUUCGAACGCUUCCGCGGCCGCGUAUGAUGUAUGAUGUAUGAUGUGAUUGGUCCUCCUUCCGUGCGUGUGGUCGUCUCUCGUCGUGGUGCCGUUUUUUCUCGAAAGGUCACUGAAAGCGAGCCGGAAAGGUUAAUCCCGCAACAGUAAUAAUCCGGAAUUGAGAGACGAUGAACCAACGAUGACGCAUUUCACAGGGAAGGCCGACACCACGCGUGAUUUGGUCCUCCUUUCCGUGUGUGCCGUCGUCUCUGGUAGUGGUGCCGUUUUUGUUUAUUACUGGGUGUCGUCGACUUCUGGCGGUUCCGUGGCCGUGUGUGAUGAUCCGUUCUCCGGUGUGCCGUCAGUGUGCCGCUUUUUUUUUACGGCUGGCGCUGGGUUGGGUGCUUUUGGGGGGGGCGCACGGCGGGUCGGAUGUUUUUUAUGUUACGCUUUUCUGUUCCUUUGGGUGUGUAUUUGCUGUAGUAGCGUGUAGCGUUUGACGGUCGACCCUCUCUCCCUACGCCAGAUGAUGACGAUGAUGGUGAGCGUCCCUUGUUUUGGUUGCGGUCUGCUCGAAACGCGCGCGGGGGUGGCGUAGCGCCUUUAUUGCAGUGCCAUGUAAAAAUCCGCCGUUAGAUUCUAGCGUGAGACACACGGGUUCUGUUCGAUCUCGACACCGCCUUGUGUGUUGACGUCGGCGUUUGGUUUCGUUUGGAGCGGUUGUGAUGAGCGGAUAUCGAUCCCCGUGCCCAGAGAAGGGUGGGGUGUUGGGGGAUGCCAGAUAGCCUUUUUGCAGGCGGGCAUGACAAUCGCUCCGGUGCCGUCGUGCUACGGUAGCCCGGGGGGCACGAUAGACAGGACUUUGGCUGUUGUUUGUUUUGCGGCGAGGGGGAAAAGGCAGCAACCUUGGCAGGGUUUAUUGUAUUAAGAAAACAUGUUGGAUAAAACAUACAAUCGGGGAAGAUGGGUUAGCGUUAGGGUUAGGGAGUAGGGUCUGCGUGCCCCCUCCCUGUUCUAUUCCUCAUAAACUUACUAAUCGCACGAAGGAGGUACGAAAAGGGGGGGGGGGGUACGUGGAUUCUUCCGCCCCCACACACCAAUGUAGGCUGCAGUCGUCCACGGGGCUCAGGACAGCGGCCGCCACCGCGCAUUCAUUUCUCGAUGCCCUUCGUGGCGCGCACCACCGCGCAUGUCGCCAAGACUGCCCGUUGUCAUAAGUCUUGCUUUGUUAUUAUUUUCCUGACACUCACGACCACCACUUUAGAUUUUUUUUUUUUGCCGACAAAAAUCGUCCCGGAAAAAAUUACAGAGAGGGUGCCUGAAAGGCAUUUCACUUUGAUGGUUCAUUUGCGGUCUAGGAAGGAAGGGGCCUGUAGCGGAGGCUUUGCUCACUGCGGUGGGGCAUGGGAGGUGUUUUCGUAUCUGGAGGCGUUUGUUUGUGUCCCGGUGCCCCUGUUGGAGUCGGGGCGUUGACGCAAGAAGAAGAGCGAGAGCUGGAUCGUAUAGCUAGCGUGUGCACCUACUUUGCUAGUUUAGUGUUUCAGCUUGGCCGUUGUCCUGUACCCAGGACGAAGCUCCUUGUUAAAUAGCCUAGCGUUGUCGGGGGAAUACGACCAUAAAAUAGUGCGUCGCUUUUCUCGUUGUAGAGUCAAUAGCCCCCUCUCCAUAGUGUGCGAGGCGUUGUUCGCUUGUUUUUCCGGUUAAGUUACCAUGCCACACCAUAUUUAUCUGGGUUCGUUUCCACCUCAUGGUUCUCCUGUCGGUGUCGUCCGGGCCAUGCCAUGUGUGCAUUUGCGGGUCAUUUGGUGGUUUGGUCAGUACCACAUAAUUUUCCACAGGGAACGUGCAACGAAUGGGUAGUAGUAGUGUGUUGUCACCGUAUAGGCAGGCGGCGUCAUUCGUGGCCAUCCGUCCCUCGCUGCUGUGCUGCUGCUGCUGACGCGAAGCACCACUCUUCAUCCUG